AUGUCUGCGCACAGUGCAUGCCCCACGUUGAAUCUGAGUACAUUGCGAGCUGCACUGGCCGACGUGGAGAAUAUUCUGUUCUGGGAAGCCAAGAAGACGUGGCCGUCGUUGAAAGUCAUCCGUGAAAAGGUUCUGCCAGAUCUGUAUCACAUUGUGUCGCUUCCGGAAACGGCACUGUUACUUACCGAUGAGAACAAGGAGCAUUUGGCUGUAUGCAUCAAUCUGCUCAAAGCUACUCUUCAGUACUGCACUCCAAGUCCUGGAAAAGUUGUGUCGAACAUCGUCAAAACACCGAGCAUCGAUUUCAGUACUUCUGGUAGACCUAGUAAAGCUGCUUUGAUCACCGGUAAGAUCGUCGAAUCUGCAGAUACGAUCGCAACACACUUCAUUACAUUCUUCACCUGCCGGCAGAGCGGCGCUAACGACACUUGUGUGAAUUCCGCCGUAGGACAUAGCGCAAAGCAAGCACUCGUACAAUCUGUUGUGGACCCAAUACUGUAUCCGGAAUGGUUUGCUUUGUCGGGUCUUAUUCCUUGGCGUUGCAUUCUCCUUUAUGGUCCACCCGGGACAGGUAAAACACGCUUGUCGCAAGCAAUUGCACGAGAGGCCAACACGCGGUUUUAUCAGGUAGAAAAAAAUUUUAAAGGCGAGUGA